AGGAGUUCGAGACCACCCUGGCCAACAUGGCAAAACCCCAUCUCCACAAAAAUUGGAUAAUUUGAUAAUUAUCAUUAUUGAGUUUCUGAGACCUUACACAUUUACCAUUCUCUUCUGCACAAAUUACCUUUGUUUGUCUUUCCUGAAGACUAUCUUCCAGUCUGAAAAUGGACAUGAUGGAUCCACAGAUGUACAACAGAGAGCCUGGAGGUCCAACCGACGUAGACAGGAAGGAAAUAAAAUUGGCCGGAAAGACAUCAUUACUCUACGGAGAUAUGUGAAAAGAAAAGUUAGAGCUAAAAUCCAUAAGAUGAAGGUGACAACGAAAAUCAACCAUCAUGACAAAAUCAAUGGAAAGAGGAAGACCGCCAAAAAAGAGAAAAUGUUUCAACGUGCGCAAGAGUUGCGGCGGCGGGCAGAGGACUACCACAAAUGCAAAAUCCCUCCUUCUGCAAGAAAGCCUCUUUGCAACUGGGUCAGAAUGGCGGCAGCGGAGCAUCGUCAUUCUUCAGGAUUGCCCCACUGGCCCUACCUCACAGCUGAAACUUUAAGAAACAGGAUGGGCCACCAGCCACCUCCUCCAACUCAACAACGUUCUAUAACUGAAAACUCCCUGAGCCUCAAGACACCUCCCGAGUGUCCGCUCCAUCCCCUUCCACCCUCAGCGGAUGGUAAUCUCAAGACGCCUCCCGAGUGUCUCAUCACUCUUCUUCCACCCUCAGCUCCACCCUCAGCUCCACCCUCAGCGGAUGAUAAUAUCAACAGGCCUGCCGAGUGUCUGCUCUAUCCCCCUCCACCCUCAGCGGAUGAUAAUAUCAACAGGCCUGCCGAGUGUCUGCUCUAUCCCCCUCCACCCUCAGCGGAUGAUAAUCUCAAGACACCUCCCGAAUGCCUGAUUACUCCCCUUCCACCCUCACCUCCACCCUCAGCUCCACCCUCAGCUCCACCCUCACCUCCACCCUCACCUCCACCCUCAGCUCCACCCUCACCUCCACCCUCAGCUCCACCCUCACCUCCACCCUCAGCUCCACCCUCAGCGGAUGAUAAUAUCAACAGGCCUGCCGAGUGUCUGCUCUAUCCCCCUCCACCCUCAGCGGAUGAUAAUCUCAAGACACCUCCCGAGUGCCUGAUUACUCCCCUUCCACCCUCACCUCCACCCUCAGCUCCACCCUCACCUCCACCCUCACCUCCACCCUCAGCUCCACCCUCACCUCCACCCUCACCUCCACCCUCACCUCCACCCUCAGCUCCACCCUCACCUCCACCCUCAGCUCCACCCUCACCUCCACCCUCACCCCCACCCUCAGCGGAUGAUAAUCUCAAGACACCUCCCUUAGCUACUCAGGAGGCUGAGGCAGAAAAACCACCCAAACCCAGGAGGCCGAGGGCCGAUGACGUGGACCCAUCAUCGCCCGAACCCAAGAGGCGGAGGGCCGAUGACGUGGACCCAUCAUCAUCCACACCCAAGAGGCGGAGGGCUGAUGACGUGGACCCAUCAUCAUCCACACCCAAGAGGCGGAGGGCCGAUGACGUGGACCCAUCAUCAUCCACACCCAAGAGGCGGAGGGCCGAUGACGUGGACCCAUCAUCACGCAAACCCAAGAGGCGGAGGGCCGAUGACGUGGACCCAUCAUCAUCCAAACCCAAGAGGCGGAGGGCCGAUGACGUGGAACCGUCAUCACGCAAACCCAAGAGGCGGAGGUUGAGUUAGCUGAGAACAGGCCAUUGCACUCAAGCCUGAGCAAUAAGAAUAAAAUUGAGUAUAACAAAAUAAAAAAAUCAAAAAACAAAACAAAACCCACACUCCAAAAACAAACUAACAAAGAAUAAAUAAAUAAUACAAAAAUAAAAUAAA